AUGGCACGUACCAAGCAGACCGCGCGUAAGUCCACUGGAGGGAAAGCCCCUCGCAAACAAUUGGCUACCAAAGCGGCGCGAAAAUCUGCGCCUAGCACUGGAGGUGUUAAGAAGCCCCAUCGUUAUCGUCCGGGUACUGUUGCUCUUCGUGAAAUUCGUCGUUACCAGAAAUCCACUGAGUUGUUGAUCCGUAAGCUGCCGUUCCAGCGACUUGUGAGAGAAAUCGCUCAAGAUUUUAAGACUGAUCUCAGAUUUCAGUCCGCAGCUAUUGGCGCUUUGCAGGAAGCCAGUGAGGCCUACCUCGUAGGUCUGUUUGAAGACACCAACUUGUGCGCUAUCCACGCCAAACGCGUCACUAUCAUGCCUAAAGAUAUUCAGCUUGCCCGACGAAUCCGCGGCGAGCGCGCU